AUGAGCGAUACCUACACACAAGAUGAUCCGCGUUUGCGACCCGUCCCCCUGGAGAAAUACCCGUGGAAAGCUCUUCCCCUUUCUACGUCCAAAGCCGAUGUAGUCAAAGUAUCAAUCAUACCUACAACGACUCUCACUGCGCCAGUCAAGGUAUUUUCAGCUUUCGAGAAAGGGGACAAGAAGGAAGAUUCCCCCUGUUGGAGUUUCCUGAUCGAGAAGGGUGACAAAGCUAUUCUUUGGGAUAUGGGGUUGAGAGAGGAUCCGCAAAAUGCUCCAAAAAAGAUAGUCGAUGGUCCCCUUAAGGAGUUCAUACCUCAUCCUGGGCCUGGACCAAUACCUCGACUGAAAGAACAGGGAUUCGACGUUGAAAAGCUGAAGUUGGUGGUAUUCAGUCAUCAGCAUUUCGAUCAUACUCUCCCUUCUCCUGCUCCUUCCAUCCUUCUUGGACCUGGAUCACUGGAAUCAAUGCACCCCGGAUUUCCCGAAGACGUCAACUCCGCUUGGCCUUCUGCUUGGCUCAAGAAAUAUCACUUUUUGGAACUACCAGAAGGCGAUACCCAAGGAAGAUGGUCAGGUGAAAUCGCAAACUUAGCGCCCAAAUCCGGCGAAGCAGCGGAGAGGAAGUGGGAGAAAGUAGGAUGCUUUGAUAGAGGAGUAGAUUGGUUUGGGGAUGGAAGUUUGUGGUUCCUUGAUGCGCCAGGACAUUGUCCAGGUCAUAUAAUGGCACUUUGUCGAGUCACUGCUGGACCUGAUACUUACAUACUCUUGGGUGGAGAUGCUUCCCACCACCAAGCCCUCUACUUACCAGUACCUACCGAUACAGAAGAUCAGAGAUCUCCCAUUCCAGUAUUGGACGGAAAACCUCAACUAGCUAUUGAUCCACCGUUAGCAACGUACGUAACUGGGCAAAUGACCCGAAUGAGUAAGGAGGAUAAUGUGAUGGUCGUUCUCGCUCACGAAGGCCAGGUGAAUGGGAUUGUAGAUCUAUUUCCAGGUGAUCUAGGUCUGUGGAAGACAAAAGGAUGGAAAGAGACAAAGGAGAAGGAGGUGAUGGAAGCUGCGAGGAAAAGAGAAGCUAAAAGUUCGAGUUAG